AUGAAAAAUACACAGUUUCUAUUUCAAAUUCAUUAUUUAAUCUCACCAACAAUGAAAUCUGUUUCUCAAUUGAAUUCAAUGCAAUCACGUUCUCUUCUUCAUACAUGUUUACCAUUGAUGAAUAAGAAAACAACUAGAAUUGAUUCAAAUGAAGAACAACUUCAUAUGAAAAUCGAUAAUAAACAAUCAAAAGAUUAUAUGAUGCAUCAUGAAAUAUAUUCGGAAAAAGAACUCAAUGAUAUUAAAAUAACACAUAAAAAAUUUGAAUCAUGGCAUGAUCGAGUAGCUUUUGCAGCUGUUCGAACAAUGCGUUUCUUUUUCGAUACAUUUACUGGUUAUAUUCAUGAAUCAUCAACAUCAAAAUCUGAUAAAAUAAUAAAAACUAUGACUGAACAACAAUGGUUACGACGUUUUAUAUUUCUUGAAUCAAUUGCUGGUGUACCAGGCAUGGUUGCUGGAAUGAGUCGUCAUAUGAAAUCACUUCGUACAAUGAAACGUGAUCACGGAUGGAUUCAUACUCUUUUAUCCGAAGCUGAAAAUGAACGCAUGCAUUUGUUAACAUUUUUAGAAUUACGACAACCAGGAUAUGUAUUUCGUGGAUUCGUACUUUUAGGUCAAGGUGUAUUUUUUAAUGCUUUCUUCUUAACAUAUCUUCUAUCACCACAAAUAUGUCAUCGUUUUGUUGGUUUUCUUGAAGAAGAAGCUGUUAUUACAUAUACACGAUGUAUUGAAAAUCUUGAUGCUGGUAAACUUCCAGCAUGGAGAAAUUUACCAGCACCACAAAUUGCUAAAAAUUAUUGGAAAUUAUCAAAUGAUGCUAUGAUAAGAGAUGUUCUGCUAGUUAUACGUGCUGAUGAGGCUACACAUCGUCAAGUUAAUCAUAAAUUAGCUGAUGUUGGACCCAAUGCACCGAAUCCAUUUUUAAUCCAAACUACUGAAACACAAACUCCACCUAGUAUAGAUGAACAACAAGAAAUCGAUACAGCAAACAAAAACUAA